GCGCAGUCCGGUCGCGAUCUUCAGCCGAUGACGAAGUUUUCCCUAAUCAUCCGGAAUUUUCUGCCAGCGAGCCUGCGCGAGGUUGUGCACGAGGCGGCGGCUGACCCAUCCUCUGUUGACCAGAAGUCGACCUUGUACCCGCCGCACGUACAGUCCAGCUGGAAGGUCGAGUAGAGACUUUAUUUUGCCGGACACAUUGUUACAACGCCCGGACACCGUCAAUCGUACACUGCCGUUUUCAACACAUCACAGCACACGUACCAAAGAACCCCGAAGGCCCGACGGUCACAUAUCGUCGUGUACGCUGCAACGCGGGCAGGCUUGGUUAUCAUCCUGAGCAAAGCUGAGGAUCAGGAGGGACUUCGAGUACCCGCCGCGUCCCGUACCAGUGCGCGCAUUUUUUUUUUCCAAGUGCUUAAAACCAGGCCACAGAAGCCAGAUCUUCCCCCCUCUAGCCUUGCUGCAACCCUUCUCAUUUCUCCGUGGUCGAAAAACGACAGAUUAAGAAACAGGAAUAAAGUCUUCUUUGACCAUCCUCCAAGCUCUGGUAGCUCAACGGCGGAGUCGUUUCCUUUCCUCCGUCCUCUAAGAGAAAAAAAAAGAAGGCCUACCAACGUGUUUGCUAUCGUACAGUACAAGAUAUGCUGUCGUGGCUGCCAUCGAUACCUUACCCCCCACCACGGGAGGGCUACUGGGAGCCCAUCACAUCGACGCUCGAUUGGUGUGAGGAGAACUACUAUGCGACGCCGUACUCGGCCGAGAUUGUCAACACAAUGACUAACCUGCUGUUUCUGUAUCUCGGAAUCAAGGGCGUCUACAAUUGUGUGACGCAAGGACAUGACCGCAUCUUCCUGAUCUGCUGCUUGGGCUAUCUGGUCGUUGGGUCUGGCAGCUUCCUGUUCCACUCAACUUUGAAAUAUCCUAUGCAACUCGUCGACGAGCUGAGCAUGAUCUACACCACUUGCCUGAUGUGCUUUGCGACGUUUGGCUACGCAAAAUCGAAGCCGUACCAGGCCGUGCUGGGCGCUUCGCUCGUCAGCCUUGCCGCCUUCAUCACGCUGUACUACCACUACUUGGAGGACCCCACCUUCCACCAGGUUGCCUACGCGAUCCUGACCGCCGUGGUCCUUAUACGAGCCAUCUACAUCAUGGAGGUCAAUAUCCGACCUAGGUACAAGGAGGCGGAGAGGAAGAAAGUGAAAAGGGCUGCCGCUCAAAGCAACGGGCACACCAACGGCUCGACAGGGCGAGAGCGAAAGGGCGAUCAAGAGCUGGAGGAGGACGAGAAGGCGCUGGCGACGCUGCGAACCAUGUGGAUCAUGAUCUCGUACGGGCUCAGCGUGUUUCUGGGCGGCUUCGCGUUGUGGAACCUGGACAAUGCAUUCUGCCCUCAGCUGCGCAGAUGGCGGCGUCAGAUUGGGCUGCCGUGGGGUCUGUUGCUCGAGGGCCACGGCUGGUGGCAUCUUAUGACGGGCGUCGGGGCUUAUUUCUACAUUGUGUGGGGCAUCUGGCUGCGGCACCACCUCAACGGCACUCAGGACCAGGUUGAGCUGGUGUGGCCGCGCCUCGUCACGUCGAUGCCCCAGAUCAUGCGCAUCGACAGCCCGUCAUCGCCAUCAUCUUCGAACGGCGGCAGUGCCAAGAAGAAUGCGUGAGGAGAGAAUAGACAACUUUCUUGGGAGGGACGAGUCGAAUGCGUGAUUCUCUGUACACGUGCGUGUGCCUCGAUCGUUUUUGUUGGGUUGUCAUUUUUCGAUCGCGUCCUUCCUGCCGCUUCGAUAAGCCUCGGACGCUGACGUGACUCUUCUGAACUGUUCUGUUCGUCUGACGUCGAAAAAGUGCACGCGGACGACAAAAGAAAGCCACGUAUUGUAUUGCCGACGCCGAGCGUCCUGAGGGCUUCACACGUUCUCUGUCCAUUGCUCGGGGUAGACGUGUCGAAAUGCGCGAGGAUGUCAUCACACAUGAUUGUAAACCAUUUGACUGCGGGACCGGGAAAAAGGGAUUCUGCUGCAGGGGAGAACUGUAAGAUGCAUGACGAGGAAGGAAGGUCAAGGACGAGCGAAAGAAUUGGCCGUGGGGAAUAGAGGCAUAGAGACGCAGAAGACGGAGGCGAAGGUGAUGCAGAAAGAAACCACGGGACAAGGCUUAGCUACACGUGCAAACAAAGGGCAGGAUCCUCUGUGCGAGUCAAGGCGAUCGGGAUGGGUACGCGUCCGUAGGCAUGUGGUGGAAGCACGUAUGCUUGCAUGUACCUUUGUAUGUAUGUGUGUAUUAUGUGUGCGUGUGUGUGCGAGGUACUCAGUGCCAACGUAAGUCGAACUCGUUGACCUCGAGCUUCACGUGACUGGGCGAGAAGUGCGGCAUUCUCGUAAGGCGACACAAUCGGAAGAGCACAAGAUGAGGAGAGAGCGGCGCCUGAGCCAUCAUAGGGCGCAAAGGCGGCUUGGCAAUAAGACAGUGCAUGCAAAGGAGCAUCUCGUCGACGGUUGCGCGUCGUUUGGACGUUUCGGCACGCUUUGAGCUGAGCGCAGACGAGGUUCUAAGUUUAGCAGGUCAAGAGGGCUUCAGGCGAACAGAAACUGCUGGGGCGUGCGAAGGACCAGAUGAAGCUAGCCCGGGUCGCGCAGGGCCACGCCUUUUUUAGAUUCCCGUCCUUUGGCGCGAAUGCAGACG